AUGAAUGGAAGAUCCCUGCUUCCUCUCCGUGUGGUACCACGAGUGUGUCUCCCACUGAGGCUUUUGCAGAGGCGGCUCCUGCUGGCCACAAGCGCCUGGGCAGCGCGACGAGGGUGGCGGGCAAAAAGGGGCUGUCCGGAUCUGGCGAGGCAGAAGUGGCUCUUCCUCCUCCUCUUCGGCCUCGUCGACGUAGGCCAGGCCUUCGUGAUCGACUGGGCCGAAGGGCGCACGCGCCAGGGAGACCAGGGCAAAAGAUACGUCCGACAGUCUGUCCUCGUGAUCGAGCCCUUCCUGGCUAUCAUCGUAGGCCUGGCAGUGCAGGCGAGCUCGGGCGGCUUCGACGCCGUCUGGGAAUGCCUGGAUCGUGACAAGUUCCUUGAGUUCGUCCCCGUGUGCCUUUUCUUUGGCGUGGGGAUGUCCAUGAAGAUGCGGGCCGUCGGCUACUUCAACGCAGGGACGAUCAAGAUCUUCGGGCAGCUGCGGCUUCCGCUGGUGGCACUGGUCUCCACCUACCUGCUGUCGCGGCACUACUCCAGAGAGCAGUGGCAGGCCAUCGCCGCGGUGGCCGUCAGCUGCUUCUUCUUCAUGUGGUGCAAGGAGCAGCAGGGCCGGCGAACCGAGGGCAACAACGAUCAGCUCGAUGUUCGAGGACUGCUCCUGCUGGCAGGCUGGAUCUUCUUGAAUGUGCUUGGUGGCGUCUUUGCCGAGCGUGCGUACAAGAGUGGCGACAAGCCCUUUUUCUCGAAGAAGGUCUCGGAGGACUUCGGAUAUCUUCUGCUGAACUUCGCGAUGCUCUUCGUCAUGCCCUGCUUCGACGCGGAGGAGAACGUCUUCGACCGUCAGCGCCGCCCCGGCUGCCUCUUCGACUCCUGGGAUCGGCGAACGGUUGCCAUUGUGGUGAUGCUGAUGCUGGACGCCACUGCAAGCAACUGGCUCUUGCAAGAGUUCUCGGCGCUGACGAAGUCCAUCAUGAAGGCAUUCUGUGUGGCGAUCAUUUACUUCAUGUCCCUAACCUAUGCCGGUGACAAGCAGCCCAGAUCGAGCUGCCGUCUGAACUGUUCGGCACUGAUGGUGGUGGGGUCCUCCCUGGCCUAUGCCCGUGUGGCCUCCUCGCACUGA